AUGACAGAUGGCAUGCAACGUAGACAACCUGAUGCGGCAAAGAAAAUCAACCUCGCAAACCCCAAAGCAAAGAAUAACGGGAUGGACGCAGAUAAGUACACGGACACAGAGAAGCGGUUGAUUACCUAUAAGAUCGCCGGAAACUUUUCAACAAUGGUCGUUGGUUUGUUCGCUGAGCUAGAUAAACUGCUUGCAAACGUUUCACCAUCAAUCGAACGUGGUGGUGGGGUAGUGGCUGUGCGUCGAGUGGUGAUGCGCUAG